GUCAUUAGUCCGAGCAGCGUUCUGUUACCAAACAGUCGCGCCGUAGCUCGUCAAAUAUCGUUCGCGUUUUCCGAUUCCGCUCGGCCGUAACGCGGCACAUGUUCAUCGUUUUCCAUCCGAACGGUCGAUCUGCAUCGAUAUCGGUGCGUUUCACGUCCGUUUACCGGACUCAACCGAUCAAAAUCUCCGAACCUUGACCGGUAUAGUUUUGUCGAACGUCACGUUUGCAUAUUAUUUUCAAAUGUUCAUUACAACUCCUGUACGAUGUACGUCUAAGACUGAGAUCGGGCUAAGAUAAGUAACACAAUCGUAAGACAUACACUUUAUUCGCAAAAGUAUACUAAAAACAUUUGCUCGCGCACAGUUCAGAAACCAAUUGAUGAUAAGUGGCAUUCACUGUACAUCAUUGUAAAAUAACUCACGUCGAUUAAAAAAUAUAAUUUUAUAAUAUUAUAUAUAUGAAAUCAUUAAUAGAUAACCAUAUGUCCAGAGAAAAUGAAAGGCUCAUUGGCGAAGAUGAAGCUGAGCGUGCUAAAUCUUGUUAUCGGCAACUUUUGGCGGCUUUCUUAGCAUCGUUAAUGUCACUGUCGUCGGGCACUGUGAUCGCGGGAUGGUCACCGUCUGGUGGACAUCCCAACGACGUUGACUUGAAUAUGUGGACCGAGGAUCAAGAAUCGUGGGUUAUAGCGAUAUACGUGCUGGGCGCGUUGGUCGGUGCAUUACCGUCCGGCCGGUUGUCUCGGAGGUACGGCCGAAAGAAGUAUCUGAUAUGGCUGGCUUUUCCCAUGAUCGCCGGUUGGUUAAUUUGCCUUCUGUAUUCGAAUAGCCUGGUACUCGAGUGCGUCGGACGGUUCUUUUGCGGGCUGUCGGUGGGCGCAACCACCGUGGCCGUGCCGCUGUACGCCAGCGACGUGUCGUCGGACGUGCUGCGUGGCCGUACCGGCGUGUUCUUCGACUUCAUGUUGUGCGCCGGCAUACUGUACGCGUACGUGGCCCGGGCGCUGCUGAACAGCCUGCGCGACUUCAUCAAGGUCUGCGUGCUGGUGCCGAUCACGUUCGUCGCGGUAUUCUCGUGCAUGCCCGAGUCGCCCGUCCACCUUUUCGAGAAGGGCCAGUACGAGCAGGCAACCACUACGUUCAGAUGGUUACGAGGUAGGCGGUUCAAUGUGAAUCAGGAGUUUGAGAAAAUUGAGAGGUCUCGAUUUGACUUUAAGGUAUCGACUGAAUGCGGUGAAAAUAAAAUUGGCAAUAACAAAAAAUUUUGGUGGAAAGUGAUAUUUAUAACUUUUGGUCUGGUGUUCGCUCAAAGAAUGUCCGGCGCUGGAGCUAUAAUACAAUAUUCGGAUUCUUUAUUCGAAAUGUCAGCAAGCAACAUCCCUCCGGACGCAGCGUGUGUCAUAAUUGGCGUUUUUCAACUGGCUGGUUCCGGUUUAUCGUUUUUUCUCAUCGAUAAAAUCGGACGAAGAACUUUAUUAUUGAUUUCAUCGGGAGUCAUAACUAUUUGUCUCAUGAUGCUAACAAUUUACUUCAAAUUAUCAAAUUCAGGAGCCUUGGACAAUUCACCGUGGAAGAUAUCCGUACUGUUCAUCCUGUGCACGUUCAUCGUCGCGUUUCGACUGGGCCUAGGCCCCAUACCGUGGUUCAUCAGCACCGAGCUGAUACCGACCGAGAACGGCGGCCUGCCGUCGGUAGCCGCGACCUUUUCAUGGACCUUGUCGUUCGUCAUCAUGAAAACGUUCAAGAUGAUCGUCGACAGCUCUCCGAUCGCGCUGUGGGCCACGUUCGCCGCUUUGUCGGUCAUAGGUUUCAUCUUCAUCCUAUUCUACGUGCCCGAGACCAACAACAAGAGCCGCGAAGAAAUCCGAAUCAACCUUACCUGCCGUUAACGGGUCCGGCCGUCAUCCGACGACGCCGACCGACCGACGUUCCCCGUCUUUUGAUCGUAUCGCAUCGCAACUAACGGCACUUCGGUCGUGCUUUGUAUAGAUUUGCGUUGUUAAUAUCGUAUAUUAUAUUUUUAUCAUCAAAGUUGUCAACUAUUACUCAUUUUACCAAUAAAAAAAAUGAAUGUG